AUGAUGAAAAACAAAUAUUACCUGGAACACCAAUGGGGAUUCACUGCUUACCAAUGGGGAUUCACUACUUGUACUGAUAAGAAUGAGAGCAGCAUAAGGAACGAGGUAGCUGAAUCUGUUCAACUAGACAAUAACACAGUGGAUGAGCAGAAACAGCAACCAGGUUCCUUACUGGACAUCAUACAAGUCAACAGAGCUGAUUCCAAAAUUGUUAGUGAUGUGGCACAGAAUGCAGCUCCUGCAGAUAUUGCUCAUGGUGAUGUAAAUAUGGAGGCUUCCAUCAGAGCUGAUGAUGUUCUGCGGGCUGGAGGCUUUGGAGCUAGGGAUGAUAUAAGCAGUUUUCUUCCAGUAGCAAGCGACUCCACCGAUUUUGAAGCCUCUCUUCGUGAUGCUCGGGAUUAUGAAGAGCCAUGGGAAGAAAUUUGCAGACCAGGCCUUGGCUGGAUGGGAGCUACAAAGUAG